AUGGUAUCUGUUAAACGGGUUGCGGUCAUCGGCGCCGGGCCGGCAGGAGCCAUUGCGAUAGAUGCUCUGGCGCAAGAAAAGACCUUUGACAUUAUCCGUGUAUUUGAGCGCCGCGAGGGCCCUGGAGGCUGUUGGAUUGGCGACUCAUCGCAGCCUCCAACGCUCCGCGACUUUGCAUCUCUGGCGACAAGAACAGCUGAUCCCCCACUACAUAUCCCCGAAAUUUUGCCUGCGCAGACUCCAAAAUCAGACCAGCCUCGAUUUACUGAGUCGUCUGUUUACCCUUAUCUGGAAACCAAUGUCGACUUUCUACCCAUGCAGUUCGCCCAGGAACCUUUCCCAGAGGAGCGCAGCGAGGUCUCCAUAUCCCAUCACGGACCUGAAACCCCAUUCCGAAAGUGGGAUGUGGUUCGAAAAUACGUUGAGAGUCUGGUGGAACGUCGGGGUUACGGCGACCUGGUUUCAUACAACACCACAGUCGAACGAGUUGAGAAGGUGGGGACGGAGUGGAAAGUAACGCUCCGAAAGGAUGGAGAGAAGAGUGACUACUGGUGGGUUGAGUGGUUUGAUGCGGUUGUCGUGGCAAGUGGCCACUUCUGGGUCCCAUAUAUACCCCCAAUAGAAGGAUUGGAGGCGUUUGAGAAGACCAGACCGGGCAGUGUACUUCACAGCAAACACUUCCGCGGGAGAGACACAUUUGCUGACAAGCGAGUUGUGGUUGUGGGCGCAUCUGUCUCAGCAGCCGACAUCGCAGUCGAUCUUGUGGAAACGGCAAAGGAACCAGUCCACGCAAUUACAAUUGGACAUGCCGCUAACGGGUACUUUGGCGACGAGGCGUUUAACCACCCCAAGAUAAAAAAACAUCCCUCAAUAGAACGAGUCUCGAACAGGACUGUGCACUUGACGAACGGCAAUUGCAUCACGGACGUUGACCACAUAAUUUUCGGCACAGGCUACAGCUGGACACUGCCAUUCCUACCAGCAGUUCCAGUCCGCAAUAACCGGGUCCCCGAUCUGUACCAACACGUUGUUUGGCAAAAAGACCCGACACUAUUGUUUGUCGGCGCCGUCGCGGCUGGUCUGACGUUCAAGGUCUUCGAAUGGCAAUCGGUUUUAGCUGCAAGGCUGCUGGCCGGCCGAGCUACGCUACCAUCUGUUGAAGCGAUGCAAAAAUGGGAAGCGGAUCGUGUCAAGGCUCGUGGUGAUGGUGUGAAAUUUACACUGCUCUUCCCAGAUUUCGAAGACUACUUCGAGACGGUGAGACGUCUAGCUGGCGAGGGGGAGACUGGCAAGGGACGUAAGCUGCCCAAGUUUCGCCGCGAGUGGGUGAGGGCAUUUUUUGAGGGCCAUGAACGCCGCAAGGCUAUGUGGAAGAGGUUGAACUUGAAAUCUCGGGCUUUGAUGAAUACUGAGACUAUCCAACAGGAGGUAGCUCGGCUUUGA